GUUGCGAGCGGGAAGCCACAGCGCCGUCGCCCCACGCUCGCCUUCGGGCAGAGGACGCGAGGGUCGCAGGCGGACGCGCGCGGGCCGGCGAGUCGGGACUCGCCCCCCCCCCGCCUCCCCUCCCCCGGACCGUCGCCUUCCCCGCGUGGUUGCGGCGCCGGCCUCACCCCGCACGCGGGGACGGGUGCCCCGGCCGGGGUCUGCCGGGAAGAUGGCGACCCCGGGCAUGAGCUGGCAGCAGCACUAUUACGGCGGCUCCGCGGCUGGGGCGGCCAAAUUCGCGCCCUCGGCGGCCGGCGCGCAGCUGACCGGGCACAGCCUGGACUACAGCCACGACAUGCACCUGAAGAUGAGCAAGAAGAUCGCCCAGCUCACCAAGGUAAUAUAUGCUUUGAACACUAAAAAUGAUGAACAUGAAUCUGCAAUUCAAGCCCUCAAAGAUGCUCACGAAGAAGAAAUCCAACAAAUUCUUGCAGAAACAAGAGAAAAAAUACUGCAAUAUAAGAGCAAAGUAACAGAAGAGUCAGACCUUCGGAGAAAGAUUCAAGUUCUAGAAGCAUCUUUGGAAGAUCACAUAAAAAUGAAGCAGCAAGCAUUGACAGAAUUUGAAGCUUAUAAGCACAGAGUUGAGGACAUGCAACUUUGUGCAGAAGCCCAGCACGUCCAGCGAAUAGUAACUAUGUCCCGAGAAGUGGAAGAGAUCAGAAGGAAAUUCGAAGAGAGACUACAGAGCUUUGGACAGCUCCAGGUACAGUUUGAAGAAGACAGACGAUCGGCCUUGGAAGAUUUGAAAGCAGCUCACAAACGAGAAGUCCACGAGCUAUUGAAGUCGCAGCAGGACCACAGUGCCUUAGUGAACAAAGGACAGGAGAAAACAGAGGAGCUGCAUAGGGUGGAGGUGGAGGCCUUAAACAGCACCCUUGAAGAGCUGAGACUUGAAAAGAAAAGGCUCAUUGAGGACUAUGAAGGCAAGUUGAAUAAAGCUCAGACAUUUUAUGAGCGUGAGCUUGAUAAUUUGAAAAGGUCACAACUUUUCACAGCUGAAAGCCUGCAGGCUAGCAGGGAGAAGGAAGCUGAUCUUCGCAAAGAAUUUCAGGGACAAGAAGCAGUUUUACGGAAAACCAUAGGAAAAUUAAAAACUGAGCUACAGAUGGUGCAGGAUGAAGCUGGCAGUCUUCUUGACAAAUGCCAAAAGCUGCAGAUGGCUCUCGCUGCAGCAGAGAACAAUGCACAGGUUCUUCAGAAACAGCUUGAUGAUGCCAAGGAAGGAGAAAUGGCCUUAUUAAGCAAACACAAAGAAGUGGAGAGUGAGCUAGCAGCUGCCCGAGAACGUUUACAACAACAAGCUUCAGAUCUUGUCCUCAAAGCUAGUCAUAUUGGAAUGCUUCAAGCAACUCAAAUGACCCAGGAAGUUACAAUUAAAGAUUUGGAAUAUGAAAAAUCCAGGGCCAGUGAAAGAUUAUGUCAACUUGAAGAGGAAAGAGCUUUUUUGCAAAGCAGAACACAGAAUCUGGAUGAAGAACAGAAGCAGCAGCUCCUGGAACUAGAGAAGAAAGUAAAUGAAGCAAAGAGAACCCAGCAAGAAUAUUAUGAGAUGGAGCUUAAAAACCUGCAAAAUAGAUUGGAAGGGGAGGUGACCCAAUUAAACGAGGCCCAUGCUAAGACCUUGGAAGAAUUAGCCCGGAAGCACCACAUGGCGAUGGAGGCUGUCCACAGCAGUGCAAGUAGAGAUAAGAAAAAGCUGCAGAUGGAAUUGGAAGAACAUUAUAAAAUGGAGAAACUAAAUCUGGAAGAGGAUAAAAAUCAACUUCAACUAGAGCUAGACAACCUAAAGCAAGUGCUGGAAGACAAGCUGACUUCAGCCAAUCAGGAGAUUGGCCGCCUCCAAGAUCUGGUAAGGAAAAGUGAACAGGGUCUUGGUUCUGCUGAAGGACUCAUUGCCAGUCUUCAGGACUCCCAGGAGAGGCUUCAGAGUGAGCUGGACCUGACAAAAAGCAGGCUAAAGGAGACCAAGGACGCCCUAUUAAAUGUUGAGGCUGAGCUGAAACAAGAGAGGCGCCAGCAUGAAGAAAUACUUGCUUCCAUGAAGGAAGAAGAGAAGCUCAGGCUGGACAGAGUGGCCCACGACCUAGAGAUAAAGUGGACUGAAAAUCUUAGACACGAGUGUUCUAAACUUCGCCAAGAGUUAAGACUUCAACAUGAAGAGGAUAAAAAAUCAGUAAUGUCUCAACUAUUGCAGCUGAAAGAACGAGAGAAAAACGCAGCCAGAGAUUCAUGGCAGAAGAAAGUCGACGAUCUCUUAAACCAGAUAUCCCUGCUGAAGCAGAAUCUGGAGACACAGCUUUCCCAGUCUCAGACGUCUUUGCAACAGCUGCAAGCCCAGUUUACACAAGAGCGGCAGCGGCUUACACAAGAGCUAGAAGAACUGGAGGAACAGCAUCAGCAAAGGCAUAAAUCCCUGAAAGAAGCUCACGUCCUGGCAUUUCAAACCAUGGAAGAAGAAAAGGAAAAGGAACAGAGGGCUCUUGAAAAUCAUUUACAGCAGAAACAUUCUGCAGAACUCCAGUCACUGAAAGACGCGCACCGAGAGUCAAUGGAGGGCUUCCGAGUCGAGAUGGAGCAGGAGCUUCAGACUCUUCGCUUUGAAUUAGAAGAUGAAGGAAAGGCUAUGCUUGCUUCUUUACGCUCUGAACUAAACCAUCAACAUGCAGCUGCAAUUGAUUUGUUACGGCAUAAUCACCAUCAAGAACUGGCUGCUGCCAAGAUGGAAUUGGAGAGAAGCAUAGACAUCAGUCGAAGGCAGGGUAAGGAGCAUAUGUGUAGAAUAACAGAUCUGCAAGAGGAAUUAAGGCACCGAGAACGUCACAUCUCUGACUUGGAUAAGGAAAUACAACACCUUCAUGAGAACAUAAGUGCCCUAACAAAAGAAUUGGAACUUAAGGGGAAAGAAAUUCUUAGAAUACGAAGUGAAUCUAACCAUCAGAUGAGGUUGCAUGAACAAGAUUUAAACAAGAGACUUGAAAAAGAGCUGGAUGUCAUGACAGCAGACCAUCUCAGAGAGAAAAAUAUCAUGCGGGCAGAUUUUAAUAAGACUAAUGAGCUACUCAAGGAAAUAAAUGCAGCUUUACAAAUGUCACUAGAAGAAAUGGAAGAAAAAUAUCAAAUGAGAGAGUCGAAGCCAGAAGAUAUACAGCUGAUUGCAGAAUUAAAAACCAUGCUUACAGAGAGAGACCAGGUCAUAAAGAAGCUAAUUGAGGAUAAUAAAUUUUAUCAGCUGGAAUUAGUCAAUCGAGAAACUAACUUCAACAAAAUAUUUAACACAAGUCCUACUGUUGGUGUUAUUAACCCAUUGACUAAGCAAAAGAAGAAGAAUGAUAAGUCACCAACAAACAGGUUUGUGAGUGUUCCCAAUCUAAGUGCUCUGGAAUCCAGUGGAAUGGGCAAUGGACAUCCUAACCGCCUGGAUCCCAUUCCUAAUUCUCCAGUCCACGAUAUUGAGUUCAACAGCAGCAAACCACUUCCACAGCCAAUACCACCCAAAGAGCCCAAGGCAUUUUUGAGUCCUCCUCAGAGUGAAGCUUCCCCGGUGGCUUCUCCAGAUCCCCAGCGCCAGGAGUGGUUUGCCCGGUACUUCACAUUCUGAAAGAAUUGUGCUGGCACAGCUUUGUGUGGACUGUUACUAAGAGCAUGACUGUAUACAAAUUAUUAUGUGGACAUCCUUUGCUAUGUAAAACACUGUGAAUGAGAAAGUAUUUGUCUCUCCAAUUUGAAAAUGCACUGUAUUUCCUGUGACAUUUAUUGGAAUCACUCUAUAAGAUACUCUAUUAUGUGUGUAAUUAUAACAAUUAUUUUUAUUUGAGAUGGAAGCCUUUAAUCUUUGUAAUUACUGCAUAAUAAAUUUUGUUAGAA